AUCAAACUUUUUUCUUCUUUGAUAGGAAAAUCGGAUAAUUCUAAAUAAGAAUAACAUUAAAUAACGAACACAUUUGACAUUACCACAUCAGAAUUAAAUAUGAAAUCAUUAAUUAAAAAAUUAUUUUCAAUUCAUGCCCUCAUUGAGGGGAUUAGAGAGAGAAAACGAGAGAGGAGAGAGAAAGAUAGAGCAGAAAAUUAUGGAACCCUUGAUUUCAAUUUCUAAUUUUUGUACUUAUUUUAAAUUUUAUUUUAGGAGCUGAUUUUCAGAUCCACGAAAAGGUGAGAAAGAAUUUUGAAUUUGAAAAAGAAAAAAAAUGGUGAAUUCAAUGGUGGAAAGAGCUACAAGUGACAUGUUGAUCGGACCUGAUUGGGCUAUGAACAUCGAGAUCUGUGACAUGCUUAAUCACGAUCCCGGGCAAGCUAAGGAUGUCGUGAAGGGCAUAAAGAAACGUGUUCGUAGCAGACACACCAAGGUCCAACUUCUAGCUCUAACGCUACUGGAGACAAUUGUAAAGAAUUGUGGGGAUAUCGUACAUAUGCAUGUAGCCGAGAAAGAUCUACCUCGUGAGAUGGUGAAAAUUGCCAAAAAGAAGCCGGAUUUACAAGUUAAGGAGAAGAUAUUGAUACUUAUAGACACUUGGCAAGAAGCUUUUGGUGGACCUAGAGCACGAUACCCGCAGUAUUAUGCAGCUUAUCAGGAGUUAUUGCGUGCUGGUGCCGUUUUUCCUCAGAGAACUGAAAGGUCUGCUCCAGUAUUUACUCCACCACAAACACAGCCUCUGUCUAAUUAUCCUCCAAAUGUACACAAUUCAGAGCAAAGGCAAGAAUCAGCAGGGGCUACAUCAGAGGCCGACUAUCCCUCUUUGAGUCUGCCAGAAAUUCAGAAUGCACGGGGGAUUGUGGAUGUUCUAUCUGAAAUGUUAAGUGCAAUUGAUCCGUCAAAGAAAGAGGGACUUAAACAAGAGGUAAUUAUGGAUUUGGUUGAACAAUGUCGGACCUACAAGCAGAGAGUUAUGCAUUUAGUUAAUUCCACAUCGGAUGAGUCAUUACUUUGCCUAGGUCUGGCUUUAAAUGAUGACUUGCAGAAAGUACUUGCAAAGCAUGAAGCUAUUGCUUCAGCAAAUGUUGCGCCACAGGAGAGCCCUAAACCUGAAUCUAGUAAGGCUCUCGUUGAUGUUGAAGCUCCUCUGGUUGAUACAGGAGAAAACAGCAAGCAAACUGAUGGAAGCUCUGCCUCAGGUGCAACUCUUCCAACUUCCCAUGUGAAUGGCUCUGCAGCUACGCUGACUAAAGAGCUUGCGAAAAUUGACCUCCUGAGCGGGGAUCUUUUAGGUGAUGAUUUUGGUACACCAAGUGCACAGGACUCAUUGGCUCUGGUUCCGGUGUCUGCACCUCAAUCAUCUAGUCCAAUUGCUUCCGAAAGUAAUGCUUUGGCUCUUGUAGACAUGUUUUCAGUGAACAAUACUCCAGAUUCCUCUAAUUCCCAGACUGCCAUUUCUUCUGGGCAUGGACAAGCAUACCCUUUACCACAAGAACUUCAACAGCAGCAUAACUUACAGUUCGGUCAACAAACGCCAUUUUCAAAUGGAAUUGCGACAAGCAUGGGGUUACCUCAGUAUGAGCAGGCAGGAUAUAUGCAACCUCCUGGUGCUUCCUGGAACCCGCAGGUUUCCCAGCAGCAGCAGCCACCUUCUUCCAUCUAUGGCUCUGAUAAUGGAGCAUCGUUGCCGCCACCACCAUGGGAAUCUCAGCCAGCUGAUACAAGCCCGUCAUCGAGUCCUCAGUAUGCUCCUGCAAUGCAGACCUCACCUAUGGCUGGACCUCCUUUCCAGGGUGGCAUACAUCCCUUUGCCCCUCAACAAACCGGAAAUGAUCAAGUUUCAGGAAUGUAUGCGCAGCACAUGGCAGGUGGUCAUAUGCCUGGAAUGAACAUGCAAGCCAUGAACCAAAUGCCAAGCAUGCUUCCUCAGGCAUAUCAGGGAGGUCAAAUGAUGGGUAUUCCUCAGGCACUUCCAGGCUCCCAAAUGAACUCUAUGUAUCCCCCUCAAAUGUAUGGAAAUCAAAUGGCAGCUUAUGGCUAUGCUUAUGCACAGCAACCCAAUGCUCAGUAUAUUGAUCAGAGAAUGUAUGGCUUAUCUUUGAGGGAAGACAGUUCUCUGAAAAACACUUCGAGCCAGACAUCGAUGGCAUCAUACUUACCUCCAAUGAAGCAGCAAUCCAAGGGAGAUGACAAAUUGUUCGGAGAUCUUGUUAAUAUGGCAAAAUUGAAGCCGGGAAAACCCACCCCAAGUAGGACCGAGAGUGUGUGAUCAGUAAUAACAUGGCUUGUUCUUGCAUAUUAACCUAGAUGUUUUGAAAUUCUUAUUUUGCUUGCUAACUUGAUUCACAUUGUUUUAUAUAUUUAACGCCUCUAUUUUAUUCUGGGGUUUUUUCGGUGACUCAAAGUUUUUCAGUACUUCAUUUCAGUAUAUAUGUCAUUUUUCUGUUCGGUCCAGGUUUGAACAUAUCCAUGUGGGCAUUGGAUUCUUUGUACAUCACCUUGUAGGAAUAACCUUGAUCGAUAAGAAGUUGCGACUUGCGAGUCGCGUUGAAUUGAUUGAGGAUCCUUUUCUUGUAGUCACAUUUUGAUUGUAAUGAAAUUAUUUGGGGGAGUUUGAUGGUGCAUCUCCUAUUUUCUUACUUUUUGUUCAUUUUUCCUGUACUUAGAAUUUGGAGAAAUUCGACACGUGAAUUGUAUAUGGCCUUUGAAUUAAUUGUUUAGGGCAUGCGAUAA